AUGGCGAGGUCAGCACAGCAGCGAUAUGCCGAGAUCUUUCGAGAUGUCGAAGAUUUGAUACUCGAUCACAUCAAUCAGCAAGCCGUGUCGAAUCCAAGGUCCAAACUCAACAUGCUGGUGCCCACCAUCUCUGCCUUCUUCACUCCUCUGGCUCUAGAAGAUGCUUUCCGAUAUCAGGAUGCGAAGCGCGCCAUCUCCUCCCGUCGCUUUGUGGCCCCCUCAUUCAACGACAUCCGGCUGAUCCUCAACACCGCACAGGUGAUGGCAAUGAUCCGGCCAAAGCCAUACAGACAACUGAAAAUCAAGCUGAACCCUGGGCUUGAACUUUUGACCUUUGAUGGCGAUGUCACAUUGUACGAAGAUGGAGCGUCGCUACAUUCGCCUGAGGCUAACCCGGUGAUCCUACGACUCCUUCAUUUUCUGGCUCAAGACGUCAAAAUCGGGAUCGUCACAGCUGCCGGAUAUAUGCAACCGGAGCACUACUUCGAUCGACUAUCUGGUCUCCUUCUAGCCGUCAAGGCCUCGAAAGACCUCACCGCUGUCCAAAAGUCCAACCUGAUCAUCAUGGGCGGUGAAUCCAAUUUCCUCUUCGUGUUCGAUGAAAAGGAGGAGCACUGUUUACGGUACAUCCACCGACGAGAGUGGGUUUUGGAUACCAUGAAACACUGGUCAGAAUCGGCUAUCCAAGAACUUCUAGAUCACGCCGAGUCUGCGUUUCAAUCAUGUAUCCGGACGCUUCGGCUGCAGGCCAAAGUACUUCGUAAAGAGCGAGCAGUCGGAAUUUUUGCAGCUGACCAGUCCAAGAAGCUCACGCGGGAACAACUGGAGGAGACUGUCCUGGUGGUACAGCAGGUGGUGGAAACUUCGAUCAACACGGCCAAUUCUGAGAAGCCGGCCCCGUACGCGAAUAUCCCAUUCACCGUGUUCAACGGAGGUGCCGAUGUUUUUCUGGACAUCGGAGACAAGUCACUGGGGGUACAGGCAUGUCAGAAAUGGUUUGAGGGUAUACAACCAUCUAGCACGCUGCACGUCGGUGAUCAGUUCCUGAGUGGAGGGGGCAAUGACUUCAAGGCAAGAAGUGCCUGCUGUUGCGCAUGGAUUGCUAGUCCGGCAGAGACAGUGGCACUGUUGGAUGAAAUGAUAGCGUUAGCAAAGGGGGAAUAA